AUGGCUAAAUAUGUCACUACUACAAGCAAUAGUGUGAAUAUCAUAUUUGACAUUCCUAUUGUUUUAAAAAGACCUAGCACUAAACUUCCCUCUCCUAUUAGACCUUAUUUUUUACAAAAAACUAUUGAUAAUCAGUCAGUAAUUUGCAGUAUCUGUAAAAGUGAAUUCAGCAUAACUAUAGCUACUAGUAACUUAUAUAAACACCUUGACUCUCAACAUACAGGCUGGAAAACAAACAAAUCAUUGCCAAUUCAACAAGUUCUUACAUUUACACCUGAAGCUACAAUUUCAAAACAAACCCUCACAACGGCUCAAAAAACUAAAUUUAAUAUGUUAGUAGCUAAAUGA